UAUCUUAUAGUUGUAGUAUAUGCUUGUACUAAUAUUCCUUAUAAAAUAUAGUAAGAUAUACUUAUCGGAAAAGUGUCAGACUUAAUUUAUUUCAACUUAUCCUAUUAUAUUCAUAUUAUAAAAAUCUUUUUUAAAAAAAUUAUCAUUAAAAAUGUCUGCGUGGAGACAAGCAGGAUUAAAUUACAUCAAUUAUUCUCAAAUAGCUGCUAAACUUGUUAGACAAGCAUUAAAAUCAGAGUUUCGAGCAGAAGCUUUGAAACGUGAUGAAACAAAUAUAAAAUUUACUCAAUGGAAAGAUGGUAAACCUGCUAAAACUCAUAAAUUAUAAUAUCACAGAUUGAUGGAGAAAUCAUCCUACUCUUCUAAUAUAUACAUACAUAUAUAUAUAUAUAUAUCUAUAUGCAUGUCUUGUAUAUUGUAUAUGAAACAAAUAAGAGAUUUAAUAAAAUAGUAAUUUAUGUAUAGUAAUUCAACAUUUUUGUAAGAAGUAAAAAUAUCCUAUAAUAUUAUCUGUUUCUUUUUAACCAAUUUUUAAUUUAAUCCAUUUUUCUCUUAGAAGAUCAUCUUAUAGUAGGACAAUGGGCUUUACAAUGUACUAAAAAAAAUAUACAUGUUACAAUUGAA